GAGCAUCCACCCCCAGGACUAUGAGACUGCCGAGGUGCGGCGGAAGAGACGCAAACAGCUGGUGGCUGCAACUGAGCCGGGCCAGGAGCUGGAGACGAUUGGCCAGCACAUCCUGGACUGGUGGGAGCAGGCCCAGCAGAUUAGUUGGGCUGGAGGAUGGGCGGCCGUGCGCUCCACCCUGACGCUGAGCAACAUUAGAGAGGCUGUGAGGUUCACAGUGGUGCUGGUGAUCACUCUAGUGGUAGGUUUGGCGGCAUUCCUUAGGGAGUCGCACCAUGUUAUGCUCCGUUUUGUCCGAGAGGCUGGCAUAUUCUUCCGUAACAUCACACCCUUCCUGCAGUCGAUAAUGGGCUUUGUGGAGAAGCUCAUUGGGGGCUUCUACCUCCUAAUAGCCAUGGUUUACAGAGACUUCCGUCAGCCGAGUGGUCCUCCUGGUCCUCCGCCUCCCUCCUCCUCCUUCAUCUCUCCACACAGGCAGCCUCCCUUAGCACUAGGUCAGGCUCCACCACCUUCCCCGUACGCCCAUCCAGGACCUAGGGUCGUUAAGUAUGUUGGCCCAGAACAGUGGGUGUAUAAAAGCCAAAAUAAGAGCUCGUCACCUUCAAGUUAAGGCAUUUUUUAGCAAUGUAUCUUUUUAUUUGGUGAAUCAAAUGCUACAUUUUUAUUUUUUAAGGACUUUUUAUUUUAAUUUAUUGGAAAUACCAUAAAUGCUUUUAAUUACCUGUCUAUGGCCAAUAUUUAUUUUAUUUAAUUUUCUCGCAAGCUGUUCUUUAGUUUACUCAUUUUACUGAAACAUUUCAGGAUCUGCUCUGCAUUUACUUUUUUCAAUUUAUCCAACUUAAAUUUGAUGUUUAGUUCUCAAUGGUAUAGCGAUUUUUACACCUCAGAUUGCAUUUCCCAUUCCUCAACAAACAGUCCUUUCACAAGUGUGUCUUUCACUCCCUUCUUCCAUUCAUGAAUUCACUCCAUUCAUAAUCUUGUAAACUAGUCACUGCAAGCAUUUCUCUUCAACUCUCAAGAUGCAGUAGAUUCCUUAAGCAGGUAAUGACAACUGUUCACUUUUGUGGUCAUUCAACAUGAAUAUAUAUAUACAUAUAUAUAUUUUUAAUACUCUUUGAAUGUUAUAUCAAUACUGCUAGCAGUGGUUCAGACAUCACAUAGUUGAGCAAAGUAUGAGAAUGUGCCUUUUUCUUUAUGUGAUGUCAUAUGGUGCCUAAACAGAAUGGUAUGUUUUGAAUAAGGAACACAGGUGUUAUAUCUAGGAAGAGAAACAUUUGUUAUUAUGAUUAAUUAGUCUUUUAUUUGGAAUGUUGAAACAGGUUUGCUAUUUUCCUGGUCCCCCUCAUUGUUUCAUUACAAAAUCUAGAUAUGGUUUGUUGUAGUGUGAGUAAUUUCUUGGAAAUUGUGUGUAGAGAUCUUUACUGUCCAGAGCAGUUGGUUUUGCUAAAAGUUUUUUUUUCUCAAAUCUAGAAAAAAAUCCUUAGAUUUUGCCUACACAUAUCCAGUCAUUGUUUUUAUGAAAUACAUUUUGUAUUAAUGAAAACAAAAGAUUUACUACUCACAAUGAUGUGUUUACCAUAUUCAGAGUGUUUGGAUUACAAGUUUCCCAGUGCUUAUGACAUCUUUAUCUUUAUGACUUCCCAGUCUUUACAGCCGUAAAAAGCAGGAAUUAGAAAGUGGUGGUGUGUGUGUUGUAAGAGAUUAGCCAGUCUGUAGAGUUUGAUCCUAAGUGGUACAAAUAUAUGGGUGUUAACUAGUGUAGAGGAGAUAGAACCAGUGUAUAGAAAUUAAUGAGAAAUACUAAUAGUUUUGUUUAUUUAUACCAAAGACUUUUAAUGAAUCUCAAGUGUAAAGCAUCUUAGUGUAUUUUUAUUGGUGCAGAGAAGGAAAGCAUUUGCAAACAAAAUUAAGCAGUAGACCAUCUGCUUAGAUCAUUUCUUUCUGUUGAGGAACUAAUGUAAAUGUACUCAAGAUCAUCUUCGUAUGGAAAUUAGAAUAGAAUUACAAAUGGUAAUUGGAAUAGAGAGGAGUCAGUGCAUUAACAGCUGGUCACAGUUAUAAUGAUUGUCUAGUGAUGCUUAGUUUAUUACAAGGCUCCAUUUAGAAUACAAAGUCACUUCACUUCAGGAAUUGCAUUUAGAAAUAAAGAGUCACUUAUGGAAAAGCAAUAUCUCUUUGUCAUCUUUUGUUUUUCCUUUAUUUUAUUUAUAUAGUGAUUAGAUGGUAAAAAUAGUGUGAAUGUGUGUAUCUAUGCAAACAAUAGAGGUACAAUCUCCAACAAGUCUCUGCCUCUAAUAUAUUUGAAAAUGUUCCAUGCAUAUAGAUUAAAAUCAUGGUAAAUGCAUUCUACAAUUUACUUCUCUCAGAAUUUUUUCCUAUUCUUAUUCAUACACACCACUCCAUGCUAUCAGGACAACACAGGAGGAGCACAUCAAACCUAAAUACGCACUUGCAGCAGAGAGCAGGGAUAGAUGAAGGACUAAAGGUUUAUAUUGUUAAAUGUAACCUAUUUAAAUUGGUCUUAAAACUACAGAGGUUCUUAGUUAACCACACCACUCAGCAAAUCACUUCCCUCACAACCUGACCGCUACAUUCAUAAAACAUUGGGAACUGGAUUGUCCUGCAGUGCCAAACCACCAUUAAUAUGUACCACUGCUCUUGUCCCUCCAUGUUCACUAGACCUUUCACUGGGCAGGAACUCCAGGAUAAAUAAGGCACUGCAGUUUUUGCCUUGAAAUUUCAGCCAAAUUAAGGGAAGCAAGGCAGUUUUUCUUUUUUUGAAGGGCAUCAAAACCAUCACAAUAAACCCUGGGGGCAUUAAAACAAUUCUAUAAAACCAUGUAUAAAUGAUCUAAAAAUGUGCACAGCGAAGAUUCUGCGUGCAGUGUUGUCUGAUCUUCUGGGAGUGGAUUCACUACUGCAUUUACGAUGCAAAAUAACUGUUAACUAUAGUUACCAUGGUUAACAGAUAGCGGUGGUCUUCACUAACAACUUGCCACUAGAUGAUAGAUAAUGAUGAAUAAAGACUUUGUUUGGAUCUGUUCUUUUUUAACAAAGAUGAGAAAUAUAUGGAUAAAAGCUGUCUUGACUCUUCUUUGGUUAAAAGUAAAAAGGAUAUAUCACUAUAACAUUUUUUUUGUAUUUUUUGUUUCUAUUUAUACGAUAAAUAGCUAGGAAGUCUAUUAACAUCCCACAUAAUGUGAUACCGUUGACUGAUUUUUAAACUCGUGUCUCUAUUUACAUUACAUGUUGGCAGAGGAACCUGAAAGAUUUAGUAUGGUGCUCGCUGAUUGGUGGUAUUCCUUUAUUAGAACCCUCUAUUGGCUACCAUUAAAGUUAUUUGAUUUAUUAUUGUAACUCAGUCGAUUCAUUUCCACAUGAAUCACUGGCAAACACAAUGGUAAAUGGCAGCUGGUAAAUGUGUUACGAUAGUGUGUUAGUGAAUCCCGCCCCUGGAUUCUAUCUGUACGCUGUGCUGAUGGCUGCCAGUGUGCCGGUACUGCCUGUACACUGGUGUUCUGAUCCUCACAGCUAUUGCGUUGGCCAAAAGUUAGGGUCACAAUAAUUUGUUGCCGUGAAAAUCCUCAUAAGUUUAGGGCAUUGUGACAAUUUGAAAAGGCACGGCAGCAAUUGCCAUUGUGAAUUUCCUGCCCUACUUCAGGCUGGUGAAUAUUUCAGGGAUGAUGCUGAUUUUUCAAAAUUUUGUGAAAAAGACGUAACUCUAUCAGGUAAAGCUAGAUGUCAAGGAGCAGCGGAUCCCCUUACAGAUGACUAUAUUGAGGUUUGGUAGAAUAUACCAUUUUUUAAGUAAAUAUACUUUACUUAAAAAGGGAGUGACACAAGAUUAGAUUUGAAAAAAAUAUAUAUAUAUAUGUAUGGUGAUUUAAUAUUCUGGUAAAUUGUUGUGAAAGUAAGACUGAAUGUCUUUAUCAUUACCCACAUCCAUGAUGAGGUGGUAGACGGACACAAACAGAUCAUGUUGAUACCGUGACAACAUUAUAUGGAACAUUAUAGUUAAGCCCUAUCAUUAAUGAAACAUGAACUAUGCUGAUGUCACAAUAUCAGCAGCAAGUUAUACCCUUUGUGUGACAGUAAUCACAUAAUUAUUAUUAAUGCAAGAUUGCCAAGUAUCUCUCUCUCCUGAAUCACCCAAUCCAAAUGCCUGAUAUGGGUGAGUACACUGACUCACAACUGUCACUGGGAAUAGCAGUUGUAACAACAAACCCAAAACAUCACUCGUCAGAAUUGUUCAUGUAUUUUAUUGCAUUAUUAAGGAAAGAGGCAGAGACUGUUGUAAGUGUACAUGGAAUAGGUUUUUGGGCACUUGUUAUAUCUGUUAUAAAAAAAAAUAAAAAAAUAAAAAGCAGUUGACAGAAAGGGUAAGAUUUUUUUCUAGACAAAUGCAGAUGGCUGUGGAAUUGCUCAGCAAUAUUGUAUUUUGUGUAAACUUUUUACUUUCUCAGUGUUGGGAUAUGUAAAUCAUGAAGCCAAUAAAUACUCAGAAGAUA